UUGAUUGUGUGUAUUUCAGUAUAUCUGCUCUUCAGUGGCUAUGCAAUGCAGAUAAGAAAUAUCAUCAUCCGCCUAAGCGAUUACUCAAGUUUUUCUCUACACUAUAUGCCUGUAUGGCUCGUGGAUCUCGUGCAGUAUUUCAGUUAUACCCAGAAAGUAGUUCACAGUUAGAAUUGAUUACCCAGCAAGCUAUGAAGUCAGGGUUCACUGGAGGUCUAGUGGUUGAUUAUCCAAAUAGUACAAAAGCUAAAAAAAUGUUUUUAUGUUUAUUUGCUGGUGGUCAGUCACAGACUUUACCUAAAGGACUUGGUACAGAAGAGGCUCAAGGUGCCAAGGCACAAAUUUCAUUCUCAGAUAAAAGAGACAGAAUGAAAAAUGCAAGAGGAAAGUCAUUAAAGAAGAGUCGAGACUGGAUUUUAGAGAAGAAAGAAAGACGGAGAAGACAAGGGAAGGAAGUAAGGCCAGACACAAAAUAUACUGGACGGAAAAGAAAAUCUUAUUUUUGAAUAUUUUUACCUCUUUUUUUAUUGAAUAAAAGUUGUUUUUGUUAUCAAUGAUUUGUUACAUUUUGUUAGUUUUGUGAGAAAUGGAAACACUUG